CUCACAUUGUCCAUCUUCCCCCAAUACCCGCAUCUACUCUUUUGGUCAUAGGGAGUGUUGAUCUGACCUAUCUUGCAUUUCUCAUCCCAUUUGUCUUGGGUAGCAACAUCCGUGGUUGACGACGGUCCCUGGGCGAGUCAACCCCUUAGGCAAUCGGAUAUCUCCAUCAGCGAGCACGUCAAACAUCACUUCUGUCAUUUUCAAUCAUUUCUUAUUAAGCCAUGGCGCCUGCUGCUGCACCAGAGCCUCAGUUCAAGAAGGAUGAGAAAGCACUGUGUUUCCAUCAUGAGUUACUGUACGAGGCCAAGGUCUUAGACCUGAAGCCUGAUAGCUCCGACAAAAAGAAUGGCUACGAAUAUAAGGUCCAUUACAAGGGCUGGAAAAACACCUGGGACGACUGGGUGCCUGAGGACCGCCUCCGCAAGAUCACCCCAGAGAAUCGUGAACUGGCGAAUCAGCUGAGGCACGAAAUGCUUGCUGCACAGCGGGCUGCUCGCGCGCAGCCGCCUCCCAGUAAACGCAAACCUCAAGGCUCAACUCGUGGAAGUGAAGAGCGCCAAACAUCUGUUGCGGCCACCGCAGGUCCCCGCGGCCAGAAACGGGUGCGAGACCAUGACCUAGAGAAAGAAGAGGCUUUCCAAAGCCGUCGUUCAAUCAGGAUCCCCAUGCCCGACCGCUUGAAGAGUUUGUUGGUUGAUGAUUGGGAAAACAUCACCAAGAACCUCCAGCUCGUCCAGCUUCCUUCCACCAAGCCUGCUGGGGUCAUCCUGGAUGAGUACUUGGAGUCUCAGAAUGGUUCCCGCCGUCGGGGCAGUGCCGAAGCCGAUAUUCUUGAAGAAGUCGUUCAAGGAUUGAAGGAGUAUUUCAACAAGAGUCUCGGCCGUCUACUACUUUACCGUUUCGAGCGUGAGCAGUUCUUCGACAUUCACACGCGCAUCGAGAGCCCCACUUCAGAUCUCAGCGGCAAGAAUCUGGCCGACAUCUACGGAGGCGAACACCUCCUACGUCUUUUUGUGUCCAUGCCUGAACUCAUCGCACAGACCAACAUGGAUCAGCAAUCAGUCGGCCGCCUUCGGGAGGAACUGACCCAGAUCCUCUCGUGGCUCGCGAAGGAACCUCAGGUCAAUGCUUACUUUGCUUCCGUUUACGAGAGCCCUGGCCAGGCUUAUAUCGACAAGGUCAAAUCAAGCGCUUAAGCAUUGCGGAACCUCCUCCAAAGGUCGGGACCGAUGUGCGACCGCCUGAAAUUUCGAUACCUUUUCUCACUGCCUACAAUGGGAUUGGGCUACUUCCGCGAACACAUUAGGUGACUCAAAGGGUCAGAUCUUGUACUUUUGAAGCAAGCAUUCUUGGUGUUGGGGGCGCAAUGAAUUCAUUUGGCGGCGACCCUCUUAUUGGGAGUCUUGGGAGUGCCUUGGUCUAUGUAGUCUAAUACAAUCCAUACCCGCGUGGCGAUGAGCGAGCAAGCCAUCUAUUGCGGGUCUUUUCCUCU